CCAAACACCGACCGCACCGGCACCGCACCGCACCGCACGUCUCCUGUCUCCGCCCCACCUUCCCAAAUCAAACCCCCGACGAGGCGCUGGCCCCUUCCCUCAUCGCCGCCGCCGCCGCCGCCGCUCCGUCUCCCCACGACCGCGUCGAUCCAUCCCUGGCGCUAGCUUUUCUGCACGCCCGCCUCUCGGUGUUCCACUGACCCGGCUCGAUUCGCGCCGGGGACGGCUGCUCCGUCGCCGCUGUAGCCCGCUGCUGGGGGGGUGCUCCGCGAUCGGCUGCUGCUGGUGUCAGGGUCUAGGGUUUUGGCUCCACCAGACGGAGGUGGAGGGUGCAUUGGUUGGCGCGCGCAUGGCGAUGGUGCCCAACGGGCUCCUGCCCAAUGCAUCCGCCGGAGUGACGCGGCGGCUCGACCCCGAGCGCUGGGCGGUCGUGGAGGGCCGCACGGCGGAGCUGAUCGCGCGCAUCCAGCCCAACGAGCACUCCGAGGGCCGGAGGCUCGCCGUCUACCACUACGUGCAGCGACUUAUCAUGAACUGCCUCUCGUGCCAGGUUUUUACCUUUGGUUCAGUCCCUCUCAAGACUUACUUACCUGAUGGAGAUAUUGAUGUCACUGCUUUUGGUAAUAGUGAAGAAUUAAAAGAGAUUUGGGCAAACCUUGUCCGGGAUGCAUUGGAGCGUGAAGAGAAGAGUGAAAAUGCUGAAUUUCAUGUAAAAGAAGUCCAGUAUAUUCAGGCAGAGGUCAAGAUUAUUAAGUGUAUUGUGGAAAACAUUGUUGUCGACAUCUCAUUUAAUCAAGUUGGUGGACUAUGUACACUUUGUUUUCUUGAAGAGAUCGACAACUUGAUCAGCCGAAAUCAUCUAUUCAAGCGGAGUAUCAUAUUGAUAAAGGCAUGGUGUUUCUAUGAGAGUCGUAUUCUUGGAGCUCACCAUGGCCUUAUAUCUACUUACGCAUUGGAGAUGCUGGUUCUGUACAUAUUUCAUGUAUUCAACAAUUCUUUUACUGGACCUCUUGAGGUUUUGUACCGUUUCUUAGAAUUUUUCAGCAACUUUGAUUGGGAGAAAUUUUGUUUGAGCUUGCGGGGCCCAGUUCCUAUAAGUUCACUUCCAGAUAUGACAGCUGAACCUCCGCGGAUGGAUAGUGGUGAAUUGUUGCUGAACAAGUCCUUCCUGGAUACCUGUAGUGUUGCGUAUGGAGUUGUGCCUCGCACCCAGGAGAAUAAGGGUCAACCAUUUGUUUCCAAACACUUCAAUAUUAUUGAUCCUUUACGCACAAACAAUAAUCUUGGAAGAAGUGUCAGCAAAGGCAAUUUGUUUAGAAUACGCAGUGCUUUUGCAUAUGGGGCGAAAAGGCUUGGAAAGUUACUUGAAUGUCCUAAAGAAAAUUUAGUUAUUGAAUUGAAUCAGUUUUUCACAAAUACAUGGAUAAGAUAUGGGAGUGGAAGUCGUCCUGAUGUGCCUACCCAAAGUCUGGUUGAUGUGCGGCCUAUGAAAGUUGUUCCUACUGUAGUGUCAAACAGUCACAAAAGUGUAACAGCAUUCAAGAAAAAAGUUGAAAGUCCUAAGCUUCUUGCUAAUCAGGACAAUCUUCAUGCAGAUCAAGAUAAUCUCACUGGAGUUUGUCAUAGUUAUCCUGAUCCUUCUUCUCAGUCAAUACAGAAAAGUGACCUACAUUGUCAUGCUCCGCCAACAACAGUUAAUCCUUCUAUUUCUCAUGCCCAGCACCAAACAGUUAAUGAAGCUUCUGAGAUAGUAGCAGGGCCUGAUUCUUUUCAAACACAAUCACGAACUAGUCAAGUAGAAAAUGAUGUUUAUCCAACUCAAACCGGCAUGCCUAAUCCUGUGUUUGCACCUUUUCUUAUUGGUUCCCCACAGCAGAGGCAAGCUGAUAGCUCUGGACUGACUGUUCCAACAGGUCCACCAGUUCCUUUUGUUGUGCUCCCUUAUGCUCCACGGAAUAGCGAUGGUUGUGGUCCCCAGUUUGAGAGAAGCGAAGGAAUUGAUCAGCUUUCUGCCAAUAUUGCGGGUCAAAGUUUUAGUUUGCUCAAUGAUGUUGACCAACCAGAUUCCUAUGCUACCUCAACAGCAUCAUGCAGUACUAUGACUGAGCCAUCCAGGGAACACAAUCCUGACAUCUUGAGCAGUGAUUUCAUUAGCCAUUGGCACAAUUUGCAGUAUGGGCGACUCUGCCAGAAUGCUCGUCCUGUAGGUCCUGUUCUAUACCCUUUUCCGGUCCCACAAAUGUAUUUGCAAUCCCAUGGUGCAUGGGAUGGGCCUGCAAGACGUCCUGCAGCAAAUGCUAACUGGGCACAGAUGGUCCACCCUGGUCAACGAUUAUUUCCUGUGAUACCUCUGCAACAAUCUACGCAAAGAGGUACUGGCGUUCUCCAUAACUAUGGAGAAGAUGCACCAAGAUACCGUGGAGGCACAGGAACCUACUUUCCAAAUCCUAAGGUUCCGUAUAGGGAUCGGCACUCAAAUUCAAGAAACUACAGAGGGGGUUAUAAUGGUGACAGGAGUGAUUAUGGUGACAAGGAAGGAGGCUGGAUAAACUCAAAACAACGAAACCCAAACCGCAGCUAUGGACGUAGUCAGUCGGAGAGGUCUGGCAUGCGGUCUGAUAGACAGACCAAUGAUGAGAGUCAGCCUGAUAGGCCACGGCGAACUUAUAGAAAUGACUCGUACAGGCAUGAGGCAAGCUCUCAAUAUCUUGUGCAGGGCCAAUCUUUUGGAUCCGCAAGCUCUAUGCACAAACAAGGGAACAUAGCGCAUGAAGUUUAUACACCACAAUCUACAACUUUAAAUGGUACUGGUGCUUUAUCUGGCCCUCCAGGACCACCAUUUUUUAUGGUGUACUCCUAUGAACCAGGCACAAAUCCUGGUGCAUCCUCAUCUGAGCCAAUUGAAUUUGGUUCUCUUGGGCCACUUCCCGCAGCAGAUGGUGAUGACAUACCACGGUCGACACAUGAAGUGAUGCCUAAUGGGUUUUAUGGGCAAAGGCGUGGUCCAUAUAGGGGUGGUUCCUCUCAUUCCUCUCCUGAUCAACCGUCCUCACCUCAGCCCAGCAGGUAGUUGAAUGAUGGCAUGGUGACUUGGUUCUGGCAUUGAAGCCCUGCGAUAGUAACAUUUUGCUCCACUACUCGUGAUCAUGUCCUGCACGGGUUCAGAUGGUUGGGCCAUCAGCAGCCAACAACAAAAACAAGAAUGUGCUCUAGCUGGUUUUCAUGAUGCUUUCUGAUUUCUCACAAGCACUAAAUAGUGAAUACCAUCAAAAGAGUUUACCAGUCCCAGUAGUUAUGAAGCUUCCUGGAAUCGAAGCAACAAUCUUCAGAACAAAGCAUGGAACUGUAACACCCAGGAAUUAUGACAGUCUUCUCAAGAAUACGGUAUUAAGUUGAAUGGAGCAGAAACAUUUCUGCAUCAAAAUCAAAUAAGAUCUUGAAGAAGCACUGGGUUUUAACUACCAUGAUCGGGGCAUUAUCUGGUGAUUUGUAACUGAAAGAUAUUAAUGAGUUCUCGUUUCUAGGUAGGAUCAAGAUCAUGUAACACAUACAACAAACUUUUCGCUUAGGUGCACUAGGAGUUAGGUGAAUCCUAGGUGACAAAUUCUCGUUGUGUUUUAGCUGGAGGGACAAUACUCUUACGCGUAAAAGAUGAUUUUUUUUCUUUUUUGUUCCAUAUGUGCGUUCAGUGUGUUAUAAUUUCCACCAGUAUUGCUGCCUGGGUGCAUUCCAAUGCAUCAAUUGCUUUUAGGGUAUCUUUUGAAAUUUUGACAGAUCCAAUUUGACUGGGUUUCUGAACAGAAACUACCAUUCUGUUCUGUGACCGUAAAACCUUAGAAUAUUAUACAUCAGUGGUGGAACCCACGGAGGAAGGUACGACGAAGAUGACUACAAGAAGAAGCCUAGUGGGCAUUCUGGGGGGAGAUAUGAGGAUGAGGGGUACAAGAAGACUAGUAGCCACAGUGGAGGGAAGUAUGGCAAGGAGAAAGAUGACAAGAAGAAGAAACAUGGUGAUGAUGAGACAGAGGGUGGUGGUAUUGGGGAUUACCUGAAGCUGGCACAGGGUUUCAUGAACAAAAAGGAUGGGGGAGAGUGAGGGUGUCAUGGGUGAUUUCUUGAAGCUUGCAGAAGGGUUUCUUGAGGAAGCGCCGCAGCGGUGUGAUUAAUCUUUUGCCAUGUCAUGGUUCGGGAAGGACUUGCCUGUGUUCGGUCAGUCCCUUGUCCUAUUUAAUAUUUGCAAGUUGUGGAAUUUUCAACAGUUUCCAGUCUAUGACUAUGAUAUGAUGUAAUGACUAAUGAGUGUCUAUGCCCCAUAUCGUCGUGUUGUAAUGUGAAUGCUUAAUGGGCUUCUUACGAUACUGGGAAAAAUAAAAGGGUGGAUGCUUUGGUGUGCAUGUUA